CAGCAGCUCCAAUAGGGUAACUUUUCCUACCAAAUGCUACUCUCUUCUCUAAAUAUAUUUGGUUCUUGGCUUUCAUAGCAAGACAAAUCAAAUACGUGCCCACCACCUUUGCUUAUACCCCAAAGCACCCAACUACAACACUUAAUAGGAACACUAAUCACUUCUCCUAUUCUAACUGUUAAAAAGCCUUCUUAUGCUUCUCAAACAAGUAUAAUAAGAAAUUGGACAAUGGGGGUUGGCUUGGCCUCACACCUCUAACUGAAUUUUAAUCAUGCUCUUCCCUCACACUACUUAUUCUUAAGCUCACACACCACAUUGAACCAUCAAAGCAAAAUAACUUGCAACAUUUCCUUCUCUCUUUGAGAGCCUAGCUAUCUUCACAAUGGUGCUUGCUUACCCUUCUAAGGUGCUAGUUGGACUCUCUUUGGACUCAGAUGACAGCAAGGAGCUUCUCUCAUGGGCAAUAAGAGUCCUUGCCAAUCCAAAUGACAGCAUUGUGGCAGUGCAUGUUCUUGUUACUGAGGAUAAGAAGAAGCGCGCCUCGGUCAGAAAGAGGCAAUCACAACUUCGGCAGGCAAAGGCUCAUGUUAUAUCUAUGCUUGGAGAAUUUGCACAAACAUGUUGGUCUAAGCAGGUUAAUCUGGAGGCAAGAGUGGCAUUCAGUUCCACAGUAGGUGGAGGUUUAGCUGAGGAAGCCAAGUCCAUCAAUGCCGAUUUUCUUCUUCUACGUGGCUCAAGAAAUCCAAAAAACAAGAAUGGAAGUUCCAAGGGAAUUAGCAAGUAUUGCUUUGAGCAUGCACAUGAAGGCUGCACUGUGGUCUCGGUUGGGAAAUUCGCCAAGGCAGAGCAAGGCUCCAGUUCAAAUCCGAAGCAUUCUCAAGAUGAUAGUGAAGCAAGUUCUAAAUGGUUAUCUAAGGAUGAUGAUAAUCAAGGUGACAAGGCUGCUACCUUCCCUGUUCUGAAUGAAUUCAUGUCUGACUCUGAGUCUAAAGAACAGAACAGUUCACCAAGAACAGUACUAGAUGCGCUGGAAGGGCAAUCUAACAGCACAGAAGAUGAUACAUUCAGCACUAUGGUCUCAAGCACCUGCACCACAGAUACACCUAAGAGAAGAUCAAAGCCUCAAUCUCCCUUGAGGCGCAUAGCCUCCUUCCUCGGAUCACCAUUCCGAAGAAAACAUAGCAUGUCCAAGAAUGAAAAGGCUCAACCCUUGUUGAAGUGCUUCAGCUAUGAGCAGAUAGCCAAUGCUACUAAUGAAUUCCACCAAGAUAAUUUGGUCGGGAGAGGCGGAUACUCGGAAGUAUACAAAGGUGAUCUUUGUGAUGGAAGAAGCAUUGCUGUGAAGAGAUUGGCGAAGGACAACAAUGAUCUUAACAAGGAGAAAGAGUUCCUUAUGGAAUUGGGAGUUAUUGGACAUGUCUGCCAUCCUAACACUGCAUCCUUAGUUGGAUGCUGCGUCGAAAAUGGACUCUAUCUAGUCUUCAAUUACUCUCAGAAUGGAAACUUGGCAACUGCACUGCACGGUAAAGGUGGAGAUUCACUUGAUUGGCCAAUCAGAUACAAGAUUGCUAUUGGAGUUGCAAGGGGGCUCCAUUACCUUCAUAAAUGUUGCAAACACAGGAUAAUUCAUCGCGAUAUCAAAGCUUCCAAUGUUCUUCUAGGCCCUGAUUAUGAGCCAGAGAUAACAGAUUUUGGGCUUGCAAAGUGGCUUCCAAACAAGUGGAGUCAUCAUGCAGUGAUCCCAGUAGAAGGGACAUUCGGAUACUUAGCACCAGAGUACUUCAUGCAUGGAAUAGUGGAUGAGAAAACAGAUGUUUUUGCAUUUGGUGUUCUUCUUCUUGAGAUUGUAACUGGACGCAGACCUGUUGAUUCAUCAAGCCAAAACCUUCUCCUUUGGGCAAAGCCUCUGAUGGAAUCAGGGAAUAUUGGAGAGCUAGCUGAUCCAAAAAUGGAUGGUAAAUAUGAUGAAGAGCAACUCUAUAGGUUGGUGCUUACAGCUUCAUACUGUGUCAGACAAAAUGCCACGUGGCGCCCUCCAAUGAGCGAGGUGUUAGAGUUGCUGGCAAGUGGGAAUGACUGUGAGGCAGGGAAAAGUUGGAGGAUCCCAAAAUUCACUUCAGAUGAAUUGGAUGAUUAUUCCAUGGUGUUUGGAUAUGAUGUCCCCUCACACAUAUCUCUCGAGGAUUUUCUCUGAAAAUUAAAGUUUACAUUUAUUAUAUACACAAUAAUAUAUUUUAGGGCUGUGACAUGAGUGUAGUAAUAAUAAAGUCAAGUCAGUGGUAUAGAUCUAGUUUGGGUUAUAUAUAUAUAUAGUUUUGUGACUAAUGUAUGACUUUUUUUUCCACAUUUUU